AUGCAUUUUGAACUUCAAAUUACCGAUCCAAUAGAUAUUGUUGGUGGUACACAAUGGACACAGUGGUCUCGACAUUUAAAUGUCGAUGUUGAAGAUGUGAAGGAUAUAAUCGAUGGUCAUCAAUGGAAAUAUUCAGUAUCACAUCUUCAAACAUUUGAUUUUCGAUUUUGUCUCUCGCAUAAAUCCAGCGAACAGAUUCUUGAUUCAUUUCGAUCAUCAUUUUGGCUCGAACAAAAACAAUGGUUUGUUGCCUAUGAUGAUCAUCAAUCAUCACCGUGUCUUUUUACAGUACCUCGUUUUGCACCGAAGAACAUUAUUUAUUCGUCGAACUAUCGUACAUUACCAUGUACAUCAUCAGAUCUAUAUUUUGAUCAAUUUGUUGACAUUCUUACGUUGCCCACACUCUGUCCAUUGAAGCAUCGUUUCAUCAAUGUAACGUCACUGGUAUCCCAAACAUAUAACACUAUCAGUUUAGAUCAAAUUUUGCCAUUUUUACAAUUACCUCGCUUACAAUCACUUGCAUUUGUCAAUGCACCAGUAUUGACAAAAAAUAUUUUUCAAUCGAUUCGUUCAUUGACGAUCAAUCGCACUGUGAUGAAAUACUCUGCUGAACAAAUAUGCAUCGUAUUUCCACGAUUAGAACGUUUAUAUAUCAAAAUAGAUGAUCCAGACACAAUGCUUUUGUUAAUUGAUAGACUGAAACAUGUAUCGAUUGUUACAUUUGUUUAUUGUCAAUCAUCAUUAUUCAAAGAUUUGACACAUGAAUGGUUUAUUCAAAAUUCGACACGAUUGAUGGCAAACAACAAUUUUACAUGUCAUAAGAAUGGCGAUAAAAUACACUUGUGGAUGGACGUCACAUAA